GCUAAGCCUGUGCAGGUGAGCAGCAGAGAUGGGACACUGGGGAAUGGAAUUACAGUGCAGUAACUGGGUAGCCUAAAAGAUGGAUGGUGCCCCUCUUGCAGUGCUGAGCUAUGGUCUGCGAGGCUGUCCUUUCCCUGCCAAACUGGGAUUGAAUGUUUCAAGGAAUAGAGCUCUGAGCAAUGUUUGUGAUAGAUUCUCUCCAUCCUGAUGUGUGCUGGUGUUCACACGCUUUCCUCUUCAAGGGAAAAGGCCAUUUCUGUCCCUGCUUUGAUAGAGGUGUGUCAGUAUUGGCACUGGCACAGCUUAGCAUGUAUUGUUUUGUUGGGUGGGGUGGGGGAAAGGGGAGAGGAGAUAUAACUGGGUAAUUGGAUUCAGGGAUGAUUGUGCUGCUGUGGUGAGUUUUACUGGAUGAAGCAGCUUGUUGGGAUAGGUGUUUGUUUCAGCUUCUGUCUGCAGGUGUGACUUAGCUAGAUAAGGAUGGUCUAUCACUGAUGAUUUCAUUGUUUGAUUUGGCUGGACUGGGUGGAGAAUGUAGCUGCAUUGUUUGGGACUAGCUUUGUAGUUUGGUUUUGCAAAGUGGAUGACAUGGCAGCACAUUGCUACAUUAUUAAGGUGAAGCUGCAGUAGAUAAUAGUUGGAGAAUGUUGGAGGGAAAAGAAUCUGCACAGCCUUUCACAAUGCAUAACUAAUUGAGCCUCCAGCUCCUGUGUUUCUGUUGGGAGAUGUGGUCAGCAGAAUGCAUUGGGAUUACACAGAAAAAUUUUGGUAGUGAUUUCAGUUUGCAGUUGUACUUUAACUGCAAGGCUGUCCAUGCUGUGUAAAUAGCUGAGAGAGCUCUGAGAUACCACACUGGCCCUGACAGCGUGAGUGUUGUCUGGAUUCAUGCUGUUCUUGCAGCCUCUACAGUUUUCACAGUGGGUGAUGGAGAAGCUGGCAGGUCACUGCUCUUUUUUUUUUCACUAACCUCAAAUUUUCCAGUAAGCCGCUCUUCAGAGCCUGCAUUUCUUUGUAUUGCUGAACUUUCAGGCACUUAAACCUGCUUUGGAUUCCCUUCAUCCUGUAGGGAAUGCAAUGAUGUGAAGUAGGAGCUGCCCAGAGCAGUAGAUAGUGCUUCCUCCUUCUAAAACCUGCCUGGUUUUCCCCUAGAUGUGUUUGCCUGGCUUUACCUGAUACUUGAUGUUUCUGUUUAUACAUUGUCUAGCUGUGGAAGAGGUUGUCUGCAUGAAGCACAAGGGUUUGGCAGGAGUUGCUGGGCACAUUGUGAGGGGAAGAUGAGCCUUUGAAGAGAGAUGGGUGCAGAGAAGGAAGGUGACAUGUCCAAGCUCUGUGUCAGCUUCUCUAAGCACGGAUGAGCUCAUGGGAAUCCAGCUGGCUAAACGUGGGAGUGCUAAAGCAAGUCUGCCCUAUCUCCUCCCCAUGGGCAGCAUGGAUCUUCAGUCUUCCAGUCUGAUGGUGGAUUCUUGGGUGCUGAUAAAUCUUUCCAGGAUGAGCAGAGACUUCCCCUUGUUGGUGGUUCAGAGCAACUUUUGAUUUCUCUGCUUCUGUGGUUGAAUGCAUGGAAGGGGUGCAUAGCUUGGCUGUGAGUUCUUGUUGGUGAAACUUUUCUUCUCCCUUUUCCAGGUGACUGUUUUUUGUGAGACAAGUGGUUUGCAACUCAUGGCCUCCACGAUGAGUACUGCAGUGUCGUGACACCAGGGGUCUUGUGUGCCCUGGAGAUGCGAGACUUCCCCUGGGCAGCAGGAGGCACGCAUCUAGAGAAUGCUGGAGCUGCAGGAGGGAAGUGCCCAGUGCAAAAGCAGCGAGGAGCAAAGAGAAAAAAGGCAAGCAGGCAGCCAGCACUGAGAGAAGCGGGUGGCAGCAAGUGCUUCGACGCUGCCUCUGGCGGCACGCUCCCCAGAGGAACUUGACGAGAGCCCAUCUGCGUGUGUGUGAGACUGUGAGCUCAGGAUUUCUGUCAAUGCAUUCCAGUAACCCCAAAGUGAGGAACUCCCCGUCAGGCAACACACAGAGCCCCAAAUCAAAGCAGGAGGUGAUGGUACGUCCCCCUACAGUGAUGUCCCCGUCUGGCAACCCUCAGCUGGAUUCCAAAUUUUCCAACCAAGGCAAACAAGGGGGCUCCACCAGCCAAUCCCAGCCCUCUCCCUGUGACCCCAAAAGUGGAGGUCACACCCCUAAAGUGCUCCCGGGCCCAGGUGGGAGUAUGGGGCUGAAGAAUGGGGCUGGAAAUGGUGCCAAGGGGAAGGGGAAGAGAGAGAGGAGCAUUUCGGCAGACUCCUUUGAACAGAGGGAAGCUGGGACUCCUAAUGAUGACCCAGAAAUCAAAGACUGCAAUUCUGCUGAUCAUGUGAAGUCCCAGGAGUCUCAGCACACACCACACUCCAUGACUCCUUCAAAUGCUUCAGCCCCAAGGUCUUCCACACCUUCCCAUGGUUUGACUGCCACUUUGGAGCCAGCAAGUGGGCAGAAAACUCCAUCCAAAGUGGUUUACGUCUUUUCUACUGAGAUGGCCAACAAGGCUGCAGAAGCUGUGCUGAAGGGACAGGUGGAAACCAUCGUGUCCUUUCAUAUCCAGAACAUCUCAAACAGCAAGGCGGAACGAAACACUGUACCCUUGAACCCCCAGAUCACUGCACUUCGGACUGAACCCAAGCCCCUGCCGCAGCCCCAGCCCCCUGCUGCCCAGGACCAGAACCCUCCUCAGAACGCCAAAAUGCAGCCGACUCCACCCGUGUCAGCGCCAGUAUCCAAACCCACUGGCCCCCCAUGUCCCAUAGAUCAGGACAGUCCCAGUGUGGAAAGCAAAGUGAUGUCUGUGGGCAGUCCUGCUAACUCUACCCCGUUGCAGACAGAAGGAUUUGGGCAGAGUUCAACCCCUAAUAAUCGAGCAGUUAGCCCAGUUUCCCAAGGUAGCAAUAGCUCUGCUGCGGACCCCAAAGGUCCCCCCCAGCAGGGGUCUGGUGGGGACCCGUCCAGUUUGGGUGAGAAUCCCGAUGGACUGUCACAGGAGCAGCUGGAGCACCGAGAGCGCUCGUUGCAGACCCUGCGAGACAUCCAGCGCAUGCUCUUCCCUGAUGAAAAGGAGUUUGCGGGAGGGCAAAGUGGGGGGCCGCCCCCAAAUGCUGGGGUGAUGGAUGGUCCCCAAAAGAAACCCGAAGGGCCGAUACAGGCUAUGAUGGCUCAAUCCCAAAGUUUAGGCAAAGGGUCGGGGUCUCGGACAGAUGGAGGGGCUCCGUUUGGCCCUCAAGGCCACAGGGACAUGCCUUUUUCCCCAGAUGAAAUGGGGCCACCACCAAUGAACUCCCAGUCAGGAGCCAUAGGCCCAGACCACCUGGACCAUAUGACUCCUGAGCAGGUGGCCUGGCUCAAGCUGCAGCAGGAGUUUUACGAGGAGAAGAGAAGGAAGCAAGAGCAGGUGGUGGUGCAGCAGUGUUCCCUGCAGGACAUGAUGGUCCACCAGCACGGGCCUCGUGGGGUGGUCCGAGGUCCUCCCCCUCCCUACCAGAUGACCCCUGGUGAGGGCUGGGGGCCUGGGGGUCCAGAGCCUUUCCCUGAAGGCAUGAACAUGUCCCACUCUCUGCCCCCCAGGGGCAUGGCCCCUCAUCCCAAUGUGCCCGGGGGCCAGAUGCGCCUGCCUGGUUUUGCGGGGAUGAUGAACCCUGACAUGGAAGGCCCCAAUAUCCCAAAUCCCGCCUCACGGCCUGGGCUUUCAGGAGUUAGUUGGCCAGAUGAUGUGCCAAAAAUCCCAGAUGGCCGAAACUUCCCUCCUGGUCAGGGUGUCUUCAGCGGCCCUGGCCGAGGGGAGCGGUUCCCCAAUCCGCAGGGCCUACCUGAAGAGCUCUAUCAGCAACAGCUGGCUGAGAAACAGAUGGGCCUCCCUCCUGGUCUGAACAUGGAAGGCAUCAGGCCUGGCAUGGAGAUCAACAGAAUGAUGCCCUCCCAGAGACACAUGGAGCCUGGCAACAACCCCAUCUUCCCUCGCAUGCCGGUAGAAGGACCGAUGAGUCCCUCUAGGGGGGACUUCCCAAAAGGAAUACCCCCACAAAUGGCUUCUAGCAGGGAGCUGGAGUUUGGGAUGGGCCCUGGCAGCAUGAAGGGGGACAUGGGCAUGAAUGUCAGCAUGGGCUCCAACCCACCCCUGGUCCCUCAGAAGCUGAGGGAGGCAGGAGUCGGACCAGAAGAGAUGAUGAAGCUGCGCCCUGGUGUCUCGGAGAUGCUCUCCUCUCAGCAGAAAAUGGUGCCGCUGCCGUUCGGGGAGCACCCGCAGCAGGAGUAUGGCAUGGGUCCCAGGCCUUUCCUUCCCAUGUCUCAGGGCCCAGGAGUCGGUCUCCGGAACCUCAGAGAACAGAUCGGGCCUGACCAAAGGACUAACAACCGGCUCAGCCACAUGCCGCCACUACCUCUCAAUCCCACCAGUAACCCGAAUAGCCUCAACACUGCUCCCCCCGCGCAGCGCAGCCUCGGCCGCAAGCCCCUGGAUAUCUCUGCAGCUGGGCAGGUGCAUUCGCCGGGGAUCAACCCCCUGAAGUCGCCCACCAUGCGCCAGGUCCAGUCUCCCAUGAUGGGGUCUCCCUCGGGGAACCUCAAGUCCCCUCAGACGCCCUCCCAGCUGGCAGGAAUGCUCGCGGGCCCCACUGCCGCAGCUGCUGCUGCCUCCAUCAAAUCUCCCCCUGUCUUGGGGUCUGCUGCUGCUUCUCCUGUCCACCUCAAGUCUCCGUCUCUCCCUGCACCUUCUCCUGGAUGGACUUCAUCUCCAAAGCCUCCUUUGCAGAGCCCUGGGAUCCCCCCGAACCAUAAGGCGUCUCUAACCAUGUCUUCUCCAGCCAUGCUGGGGAACGUGGAGUCCGGUGGUCCACCUCCUUCCACAGUCAGCCAGUCUGCUCCUGUGACUCUCCCUGGAAAUCUUCCCUCUAGCAGUCCUUACACAAUGCCUCCAGAGCCAACCCUCUCCCAGAAUCCCCUCUCCAUUAUGAUGUCCAGGAUGUCCAAAUUUGCCAUGCCCAGCUCUACACCUCUCUAUCAUGAUGCCAUCAAAACUGUGGCCAGCUCAGAUGAUGACUCCCCUCCAGCACGCUCCCCAAACCUGCCACCUAUGAACAGCGUACCAGGAAUGGGCAUUAAUUCUCAGAAUCCUCGAAUUUCAGGUCCAAACCCAGUGGGUCCAAUGCCAACCCUUAGCCCAAUGGGAAUGACCCAGCCUCUUUCCCAUAACAACCAGAUGCCCUCUCCAAAUGCUAUGGGACCCAAUAUACCUCCUCACGGGGUCCCCGUGGGACCCGGCCUGAUGUCACACAACCCAAUGAUGGGGCACGGUUCCCAGGAGUCUCCAAUGGUACCUCAAGGACGCCUGGGCUUCCCGCAGGGGUUCCCUCCCGUACAGUCCCCUCCGCAGCAGGUGCCAUUUCCACACAACGGGCCCAGCGGUGGACAAGGCAACUUCCCAGCGGGAAUGGGCUUCCACGGAGAGGGACCUCUGGGGCGUCCUACCAACCUGCCCCAAAGUUCGACAGAUCCAGCACUUUGCAAGACUGGAGGCCCUGGCGGUCCAGACUCCUUCACUGUUCUCGGAAACAACAUGCCUUCGGUUUUCACCGAUCCCGAGCUGCAGGAGGUGAUCCGUCCCGGAGCCACGGGAAUACCCGAGUUCGACCUGUCCCGGAUUAUCCCGUCGGAGAAGCCCAGCCAGACACUACAGUAUUUCCCUCGUGGGGAGGUGCCGGGCCGCAAGCAGCCGCAGGGCCCCGGGCCCGGCUUCUCCCACAUGCAGGGGAUGAUAGGCGAGCAGCCCCCGCGGAUGGGACUAGCGCUGCCCGGCAUGGGGGGCCCCGGGCCGGUGGGAACUCCGGAUAUCCCGCUGGGCACGGCCCCGGCCAUGCCCGGCCACAACCCCAUGAGGCCGCCGGCCUUCCUGCAGCAGGGCAUGAUGGGCCCGCACCACCGCAUGAUGUCACCAGCACAGCCCGCCAUGCCCGGCCAGCCCGCCCUCAUGAGCAACCCCGUGGGCAUGAUCCCGGGCAAGGACCGCGCCCCCGCCGGGCUCUACAGCCACCCGGGCCCCGUGGGGUCACCCGGCAUGAUGAUGUCAAUGCAGGGCAUGAUGGGACCCCAACAAAACAUCAUGAUUCCCCCCCAGAUGAGGCCCCGAGGUAUGGCUGCUGAUGUUGGCAUGGGAGGAUUUAGCCAAGGCCCUGGAAACCCAGGGAACAUGAUGUUUUAAGCUGCUACCGUAAGACUGGAUGUUCUGAUCCUUGUCAAGAUGAGAUUCCAAGUCCUGAGGGCUUUUUUGGGAGCUUCAGGAGUACAGUUUGGCCAUGCAAUAGGUGAAAAGAGACCAGAGGACGCUUUGGGAAAUCUCGAAUGUAUGGAAUUACCUGAAAAAAAAAAUAUUCAUUUUAACAGGUUGUUUUUUUUUUAAGAUUUAUUUUUUAAAAAUUAUUUUUGUGGACUUGGGUAUCCCGUGACGGCACCUGCUUUGAGAAUCUGUAGCUGUAUUUUGAGAAUUGCCAUUUGUCACAAGUUGCACCAUUCUCUGUAUGUUUACGUCCUUCGGACUGGCUUCUCCCAGGACUCUCGGUUAUUUUUGGGGUUUUUUGUGUACUGUACUAUAUUGUAAAAGGGAUUUUAGCAGAGACUUUAGUCUUUGGGGUGAGAGGAGAAUGGGAUUCUAGGCUGUUUACUUUAGGUGGAGAAUCCAUCUUCAGAACUUCGGACUAUUUUCCUUCAACUCCAAUGUAUAGAAAAACCAAACUACGACCUCAGAGCAGAGUAUUAAUGAAAAGCACAAAAAGGAACUUAAGUUCAGUGAGGGGAAUCUUUUAAAAGAAAUAAAUAAUAAGUUAAGGACAUAUUUUUCAAAUUAUGGCGUGCUGUCCAGCACCUUCUGUCUCUCCCUCCCACUCUUUAUUAAAUAGGCUUCUCUCUCUCUCCAUCCCCUUCUGUCUCCUCCUAUGGCAGCUGCAAUACAUUGUGUUAUUUUGAGGAGUAAAUCUAGGAGAGCCUCUCCUCACGUGGGGACUCUUCCCACUUUUAGGAAGGGGCUGGACUUGGACACUGUUACAUCCUACAGUAGUCUCUCUCACUGUUUCCUAUUCUCCUUUUCUUAGAAACCCCAAGUGAUUUUAUUAAUGUGGGAGUGGAACAGACACUAAAAGUUAUCCAGAAUUUUUUUUUGUGGUUAUUUUUUUUUCCUCCCCAGCGUAAAACGUUCUGUGUAACCUCCAUUAAAUUUGGUACAAAACCACUCGCCAGGGCU